ACGCUACGACGACGUGAACGUGUUUGUGAACUUUUUCUGAUACGAGCGCAGAGUAUACAAGUUUGUUUCACGAGACUCGUUUUUUGAUUGUCUAUCAUUCGCACAAUAGCAUUUGCAAAAGUGAUAAAAAUGAGUCCGACGACAUCAACGCUCGCACGUGUUGAUAAGCCAAAUGAGCUCUUUUCACGCUCCGAAGUCGAGCAAAUAUUGAGCAAUAUAUUGAAUUCAAAUGUGGCGGCUUCGCUGUUGGAAUAUAAUGUGUCGCCAGAGUGUGGACCAACUGGUUACUUAGGCGAAUAUUUUCACUUGGAAUUAAAAUAUAAAUUUCUAGAGGCAAACGACACAAUUCAAACAACGAGAGUCUUCGUGAAAUCCUUGCCUUAUCAAAAUCCCAAGAUGACGGCGUUUAUUGAAGCCUGUGGCAUGCUUACCAAAGAAGCAGCGAUCUACGAGCAACUCUUAAAUGAGUUGAGGAAAUUGACGCCGACGGUCUGGUGCGCUCAGUGCUACUUUACGCGCAGAGAUCUGUUUGUCAUGCAAAAUAUUGUCGAUAUGGGCUAUGAGCCACUGGUGAAUCCCGCGGAAUUUCUAACACAAACACAGAUGGACGUACUAUUGAAAAGCUUAGCCACCAUGCAUGCAUGUAGUAUCACAUAUGAAGCGCGAAAUCAAGUCAAUAUCGGAGCGCAGCUAAACGAUGUGCUCAGAGAGAUGACAGUUACACCCGAUGUGGUUUUUUAUACUGCAGGAGUGAGGGCAGUCUUAGCCGUUGCCCGCGUUCACCCCGCUUACCAAAGUGAGACGUUGCAGAAGUUCAUUGCCGAAGAGCUGCCGCAGCACAUGGACAACGUAUACGAAAUGGUAUGCAACUCGGAAAAAUAAUGUUCGAUAUACUCCUUCAUAAGCAGCUUUCUUUCGCUCGCUGUUGUU